AUGGGCCCCUGUACCGCCUCCUCUUGCUGCUGCCAGGCCCGUAAUCUGUCAUGGGCCCCUGUACACCUCCUCAUGCUGCUGCCAGGCCCGUAAUCUGUCAUGGGCCCCUGUACCACCUCCUCAUGCUGCUGCCAGGUCCAGAGUGUGUCAUGGGUCCCUGUACGGCCUCCCAUUGCUGCUGUCUCCAUCGCCACACUCUGCCAUGUGCCACUUUCAGGUCUCCUCACACUGCUGGUGGGUUCCAUUUUGUCAUAGGGUGCUGUAUGGCCUCCCAUUGCUGCUGCCUCCACCGCCACACUGUGGCUCCACACUCUGGUUUUGGCCCCGUGACUGCCCAAAUGAGUGAAGUGUGCGGUGAUUCUAAGAUCGACGGCACUCAUCUGCAUGUCAUACUGACUGACAGUAUUAGUUCUCUUCCCCAGCAGACUCCAAGGGCAUUUAAAUUAAAGGUACAGUGUUCUGCACUAAUAUAA